AUACAAAGAGAGUUUUAUUUUGAAGCUCCAUCCAUCUACUUCCGUGUUUGCGUCUCAACAUCCUGCGUGCUUCUUGCCGUUGCUGCACACUACAGAGUGUCUUGUGGCUGCUGUUUUGAAAUAAAUAACCAUGUCUCUUGAGGUGGAAUCCGCAGACGUGAUCCGUCUUAUUAUGCAGUACUUAAAGGAAAAUAAUCUGCACCGGACUCUGGCCACCCUGCAGGAGGAGACCACAGUGUCUCUGAACACUGUGGACAGUAUAGAGAGCUUUGUGGCAGACAUAAACAGCGGCCACUGGGAUACUGUCCUGCAAGCCAUCCAGUCCCUCAAGCUGCCAGAUAAGACCCUGAUAGACCUUUAUGAACAGGUGGUGUUAGAGCUGAUAGAGCUGAGAGAGUUGGGUGCAGCCCGUUCACUCCUCCGACAGACCGACCCCAUGAUCAUGCUGAAACAGACCCAGCCAGAGAGAUACAUCCACCUGGAGAACCUGUUGGCCCGUUCCUACUUUGAUCCCAGAGAGGCAUACCCAGACGGCAGCAGCAAGGAAAAGCGACGGGCGGCCAUCGCCCAGGCCCUGGCAGGGGAGGUCAGUGUGGUGCCACCUUCUCGUCUCAUGGCUCUGCUGGGGCAGUCUCUGAAGUGGCAGCAGCAUCAAGGCCUCCUGCCUCCUGGUAUGACCAUUGACUUGUUCAGGGGUAAAGCAGCUGUUAAAGAUGUGGAGGAGGAGCGCUUCCCCACCCAGCUCAGCAGACACAUUAAGUUUGGACAGAAGUCUCACGUGGAGUGUUCCCGAUUUUCCCCUGAUGGUCAGUACCUGGUCACUGGCUCAGUGGACGGCUUCAUCGAGGUCUGGAACUUCACUACCGGGAAAAUCAGAAAGGAUCUGAAGUAUCAGGCUCAGGAUAACUUCAUGAUGAUGGAUGAUGCCGUGUUGUGUAUGGGCUUCAGUCGAGACACAGAGAUGUUGGCCACCGGAGCUCAGGAUGGAAAGAUCAAGGUGUGGAAGAUCCAGAGCGGUCAGUGUCUGAGGAGGUUUGAACGUGCCCACAGUAAAGGAGUAACGUGUGUCAGUUUCUGUAAGGACAGCAGCCAACUCCUCAGUGCCUCCUUUGACCAGACGAUCAGAAUCCACGGCCUGAAGUCAGGUAAAACUCUGAAGGAGUUCCGCGGUCACUCUUCAUUUGUGAACGAGGCCACCUUCACUCCAGAUGGCCACCACAUCAUCAGCGCCUCCUCGGACGGUACAGUCAAGGUAUGGAACGUGAAGACCACUGAAUGCACCAACACCUUUAAGCCUCUGGGCACAUCAGCCGGCACCGACAUCACCGUCAACAACGUCAUCCUGCUGCCCAAGAACCCAGAGCAUUUUGUAGUGUGUAACCGCUCCAACACGGUUGUCAUCAUGAACAUGCAGGGACAGAUCGUGAGGAGUUUCAGCUCCGGUAAGAGGGAAGGCGGUGACUUUGUGUGCUGCACCCUGUCGCCCCGUGGCGAGUGGAUCUACUGUGUGGGUGAAGACUUUGUGCUCUACUGUUUCAGCACGGUCACAGGCAAACUGGAGAGAACGCUCACGGUCCACGAGAAGGAUGUGAUUGGCAUCGCCCACCACCCCCACCAGAACCUCAUCAGCACCUACAGUGAGGAUGGCCUGCUGAAACUCUGGAAACCCUGAGGUGCUGAUGCCAGUCUGAGAUUGGACUUUCUCACACAGCAGCUGCUCUCAUCACUCUGGACACUGCUCUGCCAUUUUGUUUUUGUCCUUUUACAUCGCUGGAGAAAUCUUUCCUCUUUCAGCUCAAUGUGAACUGAAGGUUUUGAUAUACAUGAUGGUCUCAGUAACAUCAGAAAUUUUAUAUAUUCUUUUUUUUUUUCCUUUAACCCACCAAAGCCAUACAAGUGAAUAUUGGCAAGCAAUCGAGUGUUUACACAGAGGAGCCUUAUUUACUGGAACUUGCAAGUCAACUGUUUGUCCAACAAAGAUAGGAUUUAAAGUUAUCUUGCACAGAAACAUCAUUUACUUUGCUUGUAUCCAAUUUAUGAAUUUGUUUGAGCUGGUGUCAUGUUGUAUGAUUUUGGAAACGCUUCAAAAUGUGAACCAGAAGUGAUGAUGAGAAAAACUCAGUCACUGUCUGUUACACAUAUUGAGAGAGACGUGUCCAGAUUUGUCCAUAUUUUUUAAAAGUCCAGUAUUCAUUUAUCCAUGAUGCCGUUUCAGCCACAGUUAAAAUAAAUGAGGUCCUGCUGCUCAGCACCAGAGCUUUACAGCAGUAACGUCUUUCAGAGAGGAGAGGAGUGUAGAGGCUAGACUCAGUUCUUGUUUUUCAAAUUUCAAUAAUUCUUUUGUAAAUAUUUUUUUUUUUAUUUGCAUUUUUUUUGUUUUUUUUCCAAGAAGACCUGGUUAAAUAGUAUGUUUUUUGUGUCUUUUUCUUCCACUUACAACUGAAUCUUUUGUUUCCUGAAAUUUAUUCAGAAUCAAACAGUAGAUUCAGCUAAAAAAAAUAAAAUCAUUGUCAGGCAUUUUCUCCCACUUUAAGUACAUGCAUUUUGCUGGUUGUACACAUUUCCUAUUAAUAUGUCUGUCUGUUCCAUUAAAGCUGUUUAACCAGAACAGCGAAA